AUCAAGAUCGAAGAAACUUGGAAUUUAUAGUUGAAAAAGCGGUUAAUGACAAAUAUUUAAAUUCUAUGAUAUUUGCCAUCAAUGGAAGACAGAAUGUAUUUUACAUGGAUAAUCUAUCGUUUUCGUGCAACCCUAAUGAAUGGCGAUCUGAUUCUCUUGAAGUUGAACAGAGUUGGGAUGUGUCACGAAAAACAACUGAUAAUUUCUUGACUGCUAUCGAGAAUUGUGGAUUUAAGUCUACUGAAGACUUUCAGGACUUAACUGCGCAAAUUCGAAAUGCUAUCGGAGAAAUCAGCAAAAUUAAUGGUGCAAUUAUUCAACUUUUAGGUGCCAGAUAUGAAUGUGAAAAAAACGAAAAUAUCUUGGAAAGUAGCAAAGACUAUACGCGAGAGGAAUUUCUCGACAGCAUUCAACAUGAUAUCGAAUCUUUAAAAAUUAUUAGUAAACUUAACUUUGAUAGAAGUUUGCGAUCAACCUUCGAUAAAUUAAAGACUACAUCUGAGAGUGUCUCAGACGAAAAUCUCAAAGCAAAGCAGCUUAAAAAGAUUUCUGAGAUUGAGGAAUGA